AUGAUUAAACAGUUAAAGAAAUGUUGUUUAAAGAAUUUUAUAUUCUUACUUUUUGUGAGACCUAUUUUAGCAGAUACCUGCUUAAAUAGUGGUAAAUUAGCAGGAUUAAUUUUUGGAUCAAUUUUUGGAACAUUAGUAAUAUGUCUUUCAAUUGCAAUGUUUAUUCUAUUUUUAUCCAGAAAACAUAAAAAAGCUGAAAAAGUUUUAAUACUAGAGAGAGCUCAUGCAACAAUAGAGACUGACAGUAAUUUUAGUUCAGAACCAUCUGAAGUUGGAAAAUUAGAAAAAGGUAUUGGAACAGAUCGUGUUAGUAUUAGAAGGCAUACUUCAUUAAGAGAUAAUCAAAUGAUAACUGAUUUGAAGAUGGCAGAUGUUGAGGAAAGAACUAGUAGUGGAAUUGCAUCAGAUGAAGGAACUAGAUCAAUUGAUUCAUUAUAUCAGAGUAUGAAAGAUAUUGGUAAUAUGAAUAAAUGUACCAGUAAUAAAAUAACAAAAUUAGGAUUUUCUAUUUCUCCAAAUGACAUUGAAGGUAUUAAAAUUCUUGAAGUUGAAAAAAAUGGUCCUGCCAGCCAAUCAGGAAACAUUUUUGAAGGUGAUUGUAUUAAAAAUUUAACAAUUAGUUUUGAAAAUAUGUUAUAUGAAGAUGCCGUUAAAUUACUUCAUUAUUCCUCACCAUAUUUAAUUAAAUUAAAUUUGGAACGUACAAGUCCUUUAAAUAAUAUGGAAAAUGAUACAAGUAUUAGUGAGUCAUUUACAAUUAAUAUUAGCCCUAAAACAACGACACCAGAAGAAAAAAAUCAUAUUAUUGAGAAAAAUUCUGAAACAACUUCUAAUUGUACACACGAAGUCAAGGCUGUUGAUAGUAUAAUUCAAAAUAAUUGUGUCAUUAUUAGUGGUAACAUUGAAAAAGAAAUAAUUAUAGAUACACCACAAUUAGUUAAUCACAUUGAACGCAGUGAAUCUUCUUCCAGUGCUACAACAGUCUCAUCAACAGAAUUUAAUGAUGCAGAAAAUUCAGUUGUAAUUGAAUUUGCUAAAGUUCAACAAAUUGAUAGUAAAAUAAUCCCAUCAAAAAUGGAAAUAAUAGAACAAAAGGAUGAAUCUAUUAAAAAAACAAAAAUUCCACAAAGAUCAACUAGUAUUAAAUCACGCCCACCAUCACCAUCUAGAUUACCAACACCAACAAAAUCUCCAAGAAGAUUAACAGACACAAAUAUACGAAUAUCAAGAACUCCAUCAAUUAGUGAACAAACACAAAAUAAAACAUUCCCUGAUACUGCAUCAAUAACCAGUACACCAGAAAAAAUUUCAUUAACCAAAUCAUUAUCUACCAAUUCUUCUGAAAUCAAUAGUAUACUAAAUUCAGAAGAAGUACCUUUAAAAGAAAAUUUAAAUAUUGAGGAAAAAAGUAUGCCUAAUAACUCACCACCUAAAAAUGAUACUUUAUUACCUGAAAUAAAAUUAUUGAAGGCAAAGACAAUAAAACGUCUAGAUACACCUCCACAUAUUCCUAUUGUGGAAAGAGAAUUACCACCAUUACCAAUAUCAAAUACAUCAUUAAUAAAUGAUAAAAAUAAUGAAGAAAUUGUAACUUCACCUGGUAAAAUGUAUCUUGAGAUAAAAGAAAAAUUACGUAAUGUUUACAAAGAUCCAAUAUCACCAAUUGAUAAUGACAAAGAAAAAUUACAAUGCAAUGAAAAAAAUGAAAUAAAUAAAAAAUAUUGUCAAGAAUUACUUGAAAAAAAUAAAAAAAUUAUUGAAGAACAAAGAGAGGAACUAAGAAGUCUUGGAUUUAAUGUUAAUUAA